UUUUAACCAAGCUCGAUCGUAUUGAUUUAAUAUAAGAGAUUCAAUACGUUAUUCUUCAUUUGGUUGCAUGAUAGCCUCCAAAGCAAACCUCGCGUCUAAGGCUCACUGUGGAGGAGAUAAAUUUGGCAGAGCUAAUUUGUUUCAAGCGCCACGAAUGUGGCCAAUCAGCUGAUGGCAUACAUUCAGAGUAGCACCCUGCCCGUGGUAUGUAUCCAUGUAAUGAGCCGAAUGGUGAGAUGGACUCCGCGGCAGGUGCUAGGGACGCUGGGGUUGACGCUGUUCAUGACGUGGUUUCUACUGGCAAUUACAGUGAAGAACACGACUCCAAUCACAACGUUCCACCCAGAAACUCCCAGUAGAGACAUCGUGGACUUUUUUCUCAUAAGAAGAAACCAAUACUUUAACCUUCAUCAGUAUUCCUUCUCGAUAAACAGUCGUCAGUGCGAACGCGAUGAUCCUGAAGUUUUGAUAAUCGUCCAUUCGAAGCCGGACUUCUUCGAGAAAAGGAUGGUCAUACGGGAAACGUUUGGGUCAGAGAAUCGUGUGGAUGGCACAUCUAUUUCUGUAGUGUUUUUGCUAGGAAGGGUAACUAACCACACCCUACAAGAGCAACUUGAACAGGAAGCCUUCAACUACGGGGACAUGGUGCAGGGGAACUUCAUCGACCACUACAAAAACAUGACUCACAAACACGUGAUGGCGAUGCACUGGGUGGGAGGGCAUUGCAACGACGUCAAAACCAUCGUCAAGAUAGACGAUGACGUCAUCGUGAAUCCAUUCAAUCUCGUCUAUUACAUCAAGAGGACUACAAAACAUCAUAAUACUAUUCAUGGCAUUGUCUUAAACAGCGAACAACCUUUCAGAAACCCACAGGCAAAGUACUACAUCCCCUAUGCGCAGUACCCAUUUGACACACUUCCGGAAUACUGCCCAGGAUUUGCAUACAUCACAACCCCGGAUGUAUACCGGAAGUUAUACGAGGUAUCACGUGACAUUCGUUAUCUCAAUAUGGACGACGUAUAUGUAACAGGUGUUCUAGCUCUGAAGGCAGGUGUGAACAAAGUUAACAUAGAUAAGGUGAUAUUUGAUUGUGGGCGUUCGAAAAGGAAGUUGAAUUCUCUGAGUUCAUAUAUAUUUGUGCUUAACGAAGACGGUGCGUGCAAGCUGGAUCCUCACGUCCUGUGGAGUGACGUCAAGGAGAAGUGAUUGCCACUCAUGUUAUCCGACAGCUUUCGAUGUGUGUCACUGGACAGAGGUCAUCAAGAUGACUUAGUUUAAACUCGCGUCAAAGGGUUAAAUGCAAUCUCUUCGAUGUUCAUUCAUCUUCAUAUAUGUGUGUUCUAUUUAUCUUAUCUUUUGUAUAAUUUAUCACUGUUGUGUUUUCCUGUACUAAGUUCCUUUUCUGUGUGUGUUUUUUUUCUGUUUUGUGACAAAACAAUUUAAUUGUUUAAUUUGUGACAAGGCAGUGAAAACUUUCCUUUGAAGAAGGACACAGUAGAUCUCCGAUACUACAUUCAUGAGGAAGACAAAAUCUAUCUAUUGCCAUGAUGUUUCGAGGUACACAUACAUAGUUACAGUAAUUAUUGGUGAUCUUUGAAAAAAAAUAGUAUUUAGCUCCUAAAAGCCUGUCUCAAAUCCGAAACAAAAUAUUUGAUCGCGUUUCCUUUCAACAGAAACAGCUUGGAAAUAUAUAUUCAAAACAUCUGUUCCACCGGAAGAUGUUAUUUCAAAAUUUGCAGGAAAAAAUGUGUUCUUCUGUCGAUUAAAGACCAUCCACAUCCACAUCCACAUCCACAUCCACAUCCAUACUAACACCUACAUCAACAUCAACAUCAAACACACACACACACACAACACACACACACACACACACACACACACACACACACACACACACACACACAUCCAAAGAAAGAGAGUAGUUCACGGCCGUCUCAUGUUUUUAUCACCUAAAAAGUCCAAAGACAAAAAUCCAAAUCAGUUUUGGCCUUUGUUAUGUUUUAAAUAUCGUUCAUUUUCAUUUUCUUAUUCUAUUUUUUAUCUUUUUUUAGUAUUGAUGUGUUGAUAUGUUUUGAUUCUUGUUCUGUAUUUGUUUUUAGUAAGGAAAGAUGUUUGUCGGUUUGAGGUGUAUUUCCAACUCUCUUCAAAAAAACGUUUUAUUAGAUCAUCUCGUGCUCGCCAAGUGCACAAACUUGCUAUUGUGCUUUUUGAAACCCAACAUUGCAGGGAAAAUCUUGAGGGUGGUUUGAUAACCUCCCUUUGAUGGAUUGACUCUCCAGCUGUGACGUCAGUAGCGUGACUGACCUGAAGUAUUCAGGUUGGUCGAUCCAGGGACGUUGACACAUACAGAUAAAAUUUCAUAUCUCUUGUGAUCUUUUAGAACUUCCUCGUGUAGUUACACUAUGAGUAGGAGGGCAUAACAAGUUAAGAUUUGUUUUCAGGUAUUCGAUCACUGAUUUCUAUUGUAUGUCUUCUUCUCUGAUGGAAGGUGGGGUAGGCUAGGGUCACCUUUUGCGAACACCUGGUGUCAAUACUAAUUUGAUAGUGAUUCAUGAACACAUUUCCAUGAUAUAGUCGACUUUGCAAUUAGCACAGAUUUGGUAUGGAUGUGGAAAGGGUUUUGUCGAUUGUAAUAAUUUAUAAAUUCUGUUUAAACGCCAUUCAACAUGGUAGAUUUUCAAACAUGGUCUUAACACUUUCUUGUCCAUUUUCAGAAUAUUUCAUUUCAAUAAUGCCGCAAAACCACUCCCACAUUCCAAAUCUCUGCUAAAAAUCAGACAUAAUGUUUUGCAAUGUUAAUACAUCAUCUCUUAAAGCAGAUGUAAUGCUUUUGUCAAAUUAAUACGUUAUUUCAAUACUGGUAUUUAUACCUAGUUCACAAAACGAAAGUUACAGAUUUGUAUAUUUUUGUUUGCAUGACCGAAUUAAACCUCGCUAGGAAUGCCAACUAAAUCCAACUACCAAA